AUGAACGCAACGGACACCCCCGCGCUGAUCGGCUCGCAGUACGAGGCCGGUGAUAUCGCCUGGACUCUGACCUCGACGGCCCUCGUCUGGCUCAUGAUCCCUGGUAUCGGCUACUUUUACUCUGGAAUGGCCCGGUCUAAGAACGCCCUCUCCCUCAUCAUGCUCUCCUGCUGCUCUAUCGCCGUCGUCACCGUCCAGUGGUUCUUGUUCGGCUACUCGUUGGCAUUCAGCAAAUCCGCCAACUCCUUCAUCGGCAACUUUGACAACGCUUUCCUCCGUGGAGUCCUGGAUGCGCCCUCUGUAGGCUCAUCGCGCAUCCCUGAUGUGGUCUUUAUGCUCUACCAGGGCAUGUUUGCUUGCUUGACUCCCGCCCUGGCCAUUGGUGCUGCUGCCGAGCGUGGCCGCAUCCUCCCCACCCUCGUCUUCAUCUUCCUCUGGACAACCUUUGUCUAUGAUUUCAUCGCCUGCUGGACAUGGAACCCUGCCGGGUGGAGCUAUGUGAUGGGUGGUUUGGAUUUCGCUGGUGGCACCCCCGUCCACAUCUCGUCUGGUGGUGCUGCUCUUGCCUAUGCUAUUGUCCUCGGCCGUCGUUCCGGUGACCACCGCGACUUCCGCCCCCACUCCAUGUCGAACGUUGUUAUCGGUACCUGCUUCAUCUGGUUCGGUUGGUUCGGCUUCAACGGUGGUUCUGCCCUCUCUGCCAACUUGCGUGCUGCUAUGGCCUGUGUUGUAACCAACCUGGCAGCUUCUGUUGGCGGUAUCACCUGGGUCUUGCUCGACUACCGCCACGAGCGCAAGUUGUCUGUCUUGGGCUUCUGCUCAGGUGCUGUGUCUGGUUUGGUCGCCAUUACCCCUGGCUCCGGAUUCGUUUCCCCCGCCUCAUCUGUCGCCAUUGGCUUCUUGGGUGCCUGUGCCUGCAACUUGGCUGUCCGUCUGAAGCACAGCCUCAAGUACGACGAUGCCUUUGAUGUCUUUGCUGUCCACGGUAUUGGUGGAAUCGUCGGUAACCUAUUGACUGGUAUCUUUGCCCAGAGCUGGGUUGCUGCCUUGGAUGGUGUCACCGUCAUUGAUGGAGGUUGGUUGGACGGCAACUGGAUGCAGAUUGUUCACCAGCUUGCCGACUCUGCAGCUGGUCUCGGCUGGUCCUUCACCGUCACCUACUUGAUCCUCGUCAUCAUGAACAAGAUCCCCGGCCUCAACCUCCGCGCCAAGGCCAUCAACGAGCACCGCGGUUUGGAUCUUGCAGAGUUGGGCGAGAUGGCCUAUGGCUAUGUAAACGAGAAGGCGGCCUCGGUCGAGGGUGUCGAUCACUCGAUGGAGAUCGGCCAGGCUGGCGGCAGUGGCGUAUCCCAGUCUUCGGACUCUGUCAACGAGAUCAAGAUCGGAAGCGUUUCGACUUUGGGUCGUCAUCCCUCCGAUGCUGCCCAGAUCCAGGCCCAGGGCCACUAG